GUUGGGUUAGAUUCACAAGUGUAACCCGCUCACAGCUAUUUACUUGCAAAUCUCUGCAUGUCACAAUGCCCGAAGCCAACUCACAGCUCAUCCAGUCACUAUGCGACCUGGAGAUCCCAAAGACCAUCCGGCUCUCCCCGGACCGCUCAAAGAUCCUCUACUCUACAGAACUCACUUGGGGUCAUCGAAAAGGCAAACACGCCGUUUCUACCCUCUGGCUGGCCUCCACCGGCCAUGCAGACUCAUCACUGCAACUCACCCCAGGCCUCUUUCGCGACCACGCCCCCGCAUGGACCCCAGAUGGAAAGGCAGUGGCCUUCAUUUCUGAUCGUGCUGCUGCUGGCUCCAAGUGGGCUAUAUAUCUCCUACCAUUGCAACCGGGCGGGGAGGCAUACCCCAUUACCCCGGUAACGAACGAAAGUCCAAUUGAAAGGUUCGCUUUCUCACCCGAUGGUACCCAUGUUGCCUUCCUCUCGGCAGAUGAAUCUGUCUCAGCAGAAGAGGACGCUCCCAUCGUGCGGCCCUGGGGUGAGGAUUGGCGAUCUACGCGCCUGAGAAUUCUUAACUUGCGUACCAAACAAGUCCGAUGUGCCCAGCUCGACAGGCAUGUAACAGGCAUCUCUUGGAGCCCUGAUGGGACCCGAAUUGCCUUUUCUAGUUGUCUGUCGCCCGAUAUCGAAGAGCCUCAUAUAACAGGAACGACCCUGUCAGUUGUUGACAUCGACUUUAGCUCCGUUGAAGACGUGUGCCACUUUCCCAGGAUGGUUGUUGACUUGACAUGGGCUGCUGAUGGGUCUCUAUACUUUUGCGGAGGAGUACCUGCCAAUAAGGCGUUCGCGGGCUACGGCGUGUAUCAUACUGAUCCUAACGCUGAUGUCAAUCAAUAUGAGUGGGCUGGGUUUGGAGUAGAAGAUGACUCCAUCGGUCUCGUCAAGGGUGGUGAUGGCUCGGUUUUCGUCAACGUGCAGCAUCGGCUUGAGUCUCGCGUGUGUCUACUCGAUGGCACGGUGCUGUACAAGAGAAACGAAGAGCUCGAAGCAUUCGACGCUGCAAUUACUCCUGACGGCAAUCAUGUUCUUGCCGUCGCAACUUCGGAUAUCAACCACCCUGCCGAGGUCUUCAGCACGCUCUCAUCCGCCAGCACGAUGACGCAAAUGUCGAACCACGGCCAAGCGUUUGCAGGCCGUAAUUUCGGGACAUGCAACUUUCUGACCUGCAUGUCCACCGACGGCGAGGUGGAGCUAGAUGCCCUUUAUUUGACGCCGACCUCUUCCGAUACCUCCCGUCGCCCGCUAGCCACCGCGGUGCUUAUCCACGGCGGGCCCAAUACUCGCCUGACCAACGCCUUCAACUACAUGUUUACCCCAUACCUACUAUCACUCGGAUUCGGAGUCCUGCUACCAAACUACCGCGGAAGCAGUGGUCGCGGGCAGCGUUUCGAAUCCUACUCCAUCGGCGGACUUGGGGUAUACGACUAUCCAGAUAUAAUCUCGCUCACCCAAUGCGCGAUAGAUCAGGGCUUAGCGGACAAAGAAAGACUACUCGUGGGUGGCUGGAGCCAAGGCGGGUUUCUAACCAAUAUAUGCAGCGUGCGCAAUGACUUGCACGAUGGUGGUUGGCGAUUUCGAGCCGCCAUAUCCGGUGCCAGCAUCUGCGAUAUCGAUGCCAUGGCAUUGACCUCCGACCUUGGGGCUGUCUUUGAGCCGGAACUCUCGCGAGAUGGCGUGGCCUGGAAUAUGGACUCCAAUGACACGCGUAAUCGCGCUGCGAGCGCCUUGUGGGCAUUCAAACAUGCAACAUCUCUUGAGAAUGACAUUGUUGUGCCACCAAUGUUGAUUUUACAUGGCGAGGCGGACGCUCGGUGCCAUGUGUCGCAGGCAUGGGGCUUGCGUCGCGCGCUACGUUGCUACGGAUUGCCUUUUGAAAUGGUCGUUUAUCCUUCGCAGGGACAUGUGUUUGAGGAGCAGACGUAUUGGGUGGAUAUGGUGGUGCGGAUUGGUCGAUGGUGUGAGAAGUAUAUUGGUGGAUUAUCAUGAAUUACAUGUAUAUCGUUAUGGGGUCUCUUGCAGCCCUUGGCCUCACUUUUUGUUGAUAUAUAAGGACUGUCUAGCACUCAGCGAUAGCUUU